AUAGCAGAACCAAAAUCUAAUUUUCAUUCACUGAAUAAUAAAUCUCGAAGCUCUAAAACUCCAGCUGGUGAUUUAAGAAGCUACUUUAAAAUGGAUAAGAAAUCCUUUGACAUAGUUUUGGAUGAAAUCAGAAAGUGUGUUUUGACUGAUCAGAGGAUUAAAGCAAUAGAGCAGGUGCAUGGAUACUUCUCCAGUGAACAGGUGAUCGACAUUCUGAAAUACUUCUCCUGGGCAGAGCCUCAGGUGAAGGCAGUGAAAGCAUUCCAGCAUAAAAUGGUGGCGAUCCCGACAACCAAGGUCGCAAACAUCUUGAACACGUUCACUUUUUCGAAAGACAAGCUCAUGGUGCUGGAGCUGAUAGCUCUGAAUAUUUCCGACGCCCAUAAUUACUUGCCAGUUGAGGAGCAGUUCCGCACACACUUGGCAGAAAAGAAACGUGCACGACGUAUUCUUGAGCAGGUGUGCAAAGUGGGAUGUAAAGCCCCAGUGGCAAUAAUGUCCUCUUGUGGCAUGAUUCCUGGGAACCCUUAUCCUAAAGGCAAACCCAGCCAGGUCACCGGAACCUUCCCUGGAUUGCCCCCUAGAAAAGAAGGAGAGGAAGCGAGUAAUGAAGGGAAAGGGAUUGCAAACCGCAUCAUCGGACCCUGCAAACCUUCCCCAUCGACCUACAACCCACACAGGCCUAUACCUUACCCGAUUCCUCCCUGCAGGCCGCAUGCCACCAUUGCACCAAGUGCAUACAACAAUGCAGGCCUGAUGUCAGUAGGAGGGGUCAUCACAGCAAAUGUGCCCCCUCCUCCCUACACUGCCACUCCAAAGUCAGCAGCUUACGCUCGACCUGCCAAUGUGCACAUUUCUACCUCUGGUGUCUCUGCCACCUCAACCAUCUCACCUACCAGUUCGACGACUCCUACCCCCGCCAGUUCCCAGGCUCAACCCACAACUCCAGUCACCCCCGUUUUCCCUGGCGUGGUCUCUUCUCAGAGUCCUGUUACCCAUUCUCCUGGCCCUGGCCCCACUUCAUCUGUUAUCAGAAGCCCUCCUUUACUUGCUGGCUCUCCUCAGGUUACACCCAACCCCAGUGGUCAUAGCACCCCAACUCCCACUGGCCUACCAUCUUCUGGCAGGAACACUCCUUCAGUUAUCCGAUCCCACACCCCUUCUGGAACACCAGGCAUACCUCCACCACCUUAUGGUACAUCCCGCUCUGGAACACCUUCAGGCAUUCCUACUUCUAAGGGGGCAGCUGAUACUUCUCAGAGCCUAGCACUUUUCUCCAAGGGUUUUCUGCCUUCUGCUGAGCCCCACUCAACUCCUAAUUCAAAAUGCUCUAACAAUUCAGUCAUUCGCAGUUAUACACCUACAGGAGCACCAGCUGGACGUUCCACUCCUAUGCAGUUAAUGGGUACCUUAUCUUCAGGUACCUCAAUGGCACCCUGUACAUCCAGUCCCAAUUCAUGUUCUGGUGGAUCUCAGAAUGGGGCAGGUAACCCUGCAAUGUAUAGCGACCAGCCCCCAAGCUCAGUGGUCCAGCACAGUAGAGGCAGUGGCAGUGGCAGUAACAGUCCAGUCCCCUCUGCUUUCAAAGGGCCUUCAUCCAGGUCGGGCACACCUUCACUAAGCUCACUAGUGAUGCCCAACUCUGGUGUUCUGGCUCGCUCACUGGGCCGGAGCCAUAGCGCAGCCUCUCCCCUGGGCAGUCUAGUCUCCCAAUCUGUAGGCAGUCCUGCCACAUCAUUUCAAGGCAUCUCUCCCUUUACCGCACUGUCCACAUCAUCACCUCUAACUGGAGCUCAAUCCUCCAUGCACUCUUCAGUUUCUUCCGCUCAAUCAGCGCCUUCCAUUGCAUACUGUGACCCCACUGGGGCUUCAUCACCCUUUGGCCUUGGACUCACCACAGCCACCUCUAUGAUCCCAGGCCUGGCCCCAGGACAGAGUCCUGGCUUCCCUGGGUUUGGGGCUUCAGGCCCUUCAGCAGCAGGCAGUCCUGUACUUUCGUCCUUUAUGGGGCUUCCAUGUGCCUCUUCCUCAGUGGCCACAGUGGCUCCUCUUCAAGCUGCUGCAGUGGCCGCAGUGGCCGGUGUCCCCUCCACCUCACCUGUGCUUCCAGGCUUCGCCUCCGCAUUUAGUUCUAACUUCAACCCCACUUUGGUGGGCCAGCCAGGUGGUGGUCUUCAGGCCCCAGGAGGUGCUGCCUUCCCAGGAUUGCUGUCGUUUCCACCCGGAGUUCCUGGUUUUUCCUCCGGCGCCGCUCCAGCAGCUCUCUCAGGCCUCCACAACCCCGCUGUACAGUCAGCUUUGCUGCAGGCUCAUUCUGCAUCAGCGUUGGAAAGCUUUCCUCCUCAACCUAAUGGCUUCACCAGCUACCCUGCAGGAUCUCCGUUUACCCCUUCAGCUGCAGGAGCUCCCUUUUCCCUUCAGCCUGGUCUGCACCCACAGCUGGGCUGGCAAUAAUCGGUUACAUGAUGCCCUGUGAUAUUAAACAUCCACACUAAUAUCAUGGGCAUUUCAAAACACCAUCAUUACCCAUGUAAUUACCCUCACAUUGCAUGCAAUAACAAAUUUUACAGUCCAAAUUAAAUUAUUACGCUUAGUAUUAAGAAAUACACUGUAACAAGUGAAAAGUGCCAACCAGAUCCAAAAACAAAGAUAACAGAAAACUAGUGUUUUCUUCUAAAAGAAAACUUCCACCCUGAAACCACCUUGAAAUAUAAAAUGUACAAUAGUACAGUGAAACUAUAAGGUAAUUGUAUCGAGUUUUGUGAGCUGCACACUCGCAGUGCAGCUCACUCUUUACGGUUAUCCAAGGUGAAAAUAGACGAAAAUGUUUAAAGAAUUUCAUUACAGGUAAAUCUAGGAUACUAUUCAAGUUGUUUGUUAAGAUGAACAUGUCAUUCACGAUGAAUUUAGUUUUACCUUCAGUAGAUAUUUUAAACAAUGGCGGAUGAUAUCGGGCAGUUUUUAUAUGAAAACGAACUAGUCAAGUUUAUUUCUAUAGCGCUUUUCACAACAGACAUUGUCUCAAAGCAGCUUUACAGAACUAUUGUUACAAGCUUUGUGGAAAGGAUGCAUUUAGAGUGAGAGAACCUCAUUGGGCUGGGUGAGUGGGUGAAAGGGUGCAUGAAAUACAGUAAUGACAUUAAGAGCUUGCUCAGAAUGAAUGCGGUCUCUAUCGAGUCAGCGAGCUACCAGAGAACGCGGCGGCGUAAACAAAUUCCAUAUUAUUUGGUUGCUUUGCAACUCUCUUAGUGAUCCUGUUGAAGUCUGAAAGCUAAACUAAGCAAUGAUAUAAUGAUUUGAAGAGAUCUCUGAAAUGUUUGGGAUUAAUACUACAGUAUUGACUGGUGUUCUUUUUGUUUUGUUUUUUCUAAAUUAUGUUUAGAAGUAGAACCUUUCCUUCGUUUAACAAAGGUUUUUAACCUCCCAACCAUUCGAUAAAUGCAUGCCAUGGAUGAACUGUGAAGAGGACGAUCUUAAUAGUUUCCUCAGAAUUUCUACAAAAUUUCUACUAAGAAUUUCUUCUAUUGGUAAAAUACUGUAUGUGUAAAUACCCUUGAAAAACAAAAGCAGCUGUUAAGUGUGUGUGUGUGUGUGUUGGGUUAUAUUUUUAAAAUCUUUUUUAUUUUUGUUUUUUAACUUACCGAUGUCUGUAUAGAAGGAAUUGGGUUCCAUGUACUAGUCAUGGAUUGGAUUUACACAUAAUUGUAGAUGAAGUUGAUGACUAUCAAAUACUGUACUAGACAGAACAGUAGGUGUAGGCUGCUUUAUUCUUUAUGAAAUAAAUUUUUUCUACACACCUGC